GUAUUUUUGCACGACAGAGAGUGAAGGCCGCAUGCGCCUCCAUUAUCCCCUCUUUGGAAAGGCUCCUCGUGGGCCGGUGUGCGCGGCACCGCGUAUACUGGUGGUCUCCGAAGUGCUUACCUCGGGCUGACGGCCACCUAGAAAGAAUUGCGUCAAACCGCACUGCGGGCCGAAGCAGACCGCGCGGGCGGGUGCAGAGGAAGCUGCACGCGCACCGCCGGAAUACUCAUCAUACUGAGAACAGACGCAUGCACCCAGCGUGCAAGUAUGCAUAUGGUGUGGGACGCUUUGGGGCCCUGGUACGACGCACCACUUCAUCGGCGUCGGCAGACCGGCGAUUAACUCAGAAGGCCUACGCCGUGCAUCUCCCGAUGUUACAAAGUACGCUGAUAGCUCCCAAGGUGCUGGAAGGAAAUGGUUCGUUUAUCAGACGUCUGAUAGAGCGGCUGCCCGGAUUGACGACGGAGAGACACGGUGAUGCGCGAGAGGCGCAGAGAGACGCGCACAGCCUCGAAUGGGCGUGCUAUCGAGCUUCCGUUCCCCCCGACAGACCCACACAUGGACUUGACGUCCCCGCAAACACCGCAGAGCCGCUUAUGCGGCCUUCUGUGUCCUCCUCCUGCUCACGUCAGUCAGCAAUCCAGCCUCGUCUGCAGAAGCUCCUAGCACUCGACCGGAUAGGAGCCAAGACUUCAGAAACGCACAAAAUCGUGUCGUAUGCCUCGGCGAAAGCACAGCGCCGGGGCGCUGCACCGGGAGAGACGCACGUUACGCGGGGCUUAGCGCCCAGCACCAGUGUGAGACUUGUCGCAGGCUGUCGUCGUUGCAGUGGCUUACAAGAAACGCGCAUUCUUCGAGGUGCAUUUGGCUAUGCACUUCUGUUUUUGGCAUGGUGUGCACGCUUCUCUGAAGCUUGCGCGCUGUGGUGCGCGGCGUUCUACCCGCGCGUCGUGCCCAUAGCGCGCAAAAGCGUGUCAGAAACACGGGAACGCACUACUCACCCAGACAACGUCAACCACUGGACGCCGUGCCGGGUGCCUUCUCGCUACUUACCUCGCGCUGUCUCGUCCUCGCACCUACGGGCAGCGGUGUUAGAGACUAGAAACGUCCAAAUCGUCUCGCGCCAGUCCGCGUUACACGGCCCGCGCGAUGCACUCCUUUAG